CUCCUACCUCCUCCUGAGGUGACUCAGCCUCUGAAGGAGAAGGCUCUUGACUUUUCAGACAGCUGGAUGGGGAACGACAGUUCAGGUCUCUGUUUGCUUUGAUUGUACCUCACUUCCAGAUAACUCCAGGUUGACUUACCACACUGAGCCACGCUAGGACACUAACUUCUACCAUACCUAGAUUCCCACAGAAGGACACCCCACUGAACAAAAUGUCAUCUUUCAGCAUAAGGAAACAGUCUCCUCAUCAAAGCGAUAAUAAGAGCCCCUCUGUUGCAAUUAAAAGCAGACAACAGGCUACUCAUGAUAUUAAUAAACGACGGACCCUUUUGCAAGAUAACAGCUGGAUAAAGAAGAGGCCUGAAGAGGAAAGUGCUGAUGAAAACUAUGGAAGGGCUGUGCUUAAUCAAUACAAAUCCCAAGACAGCCUACACAGCAAUAGCACAAAUGAAAAGGAAGAUCAGAAAGCUGUACUUGGACGAUACAGGUCUGAUACUACCUUGGACAGAAUUCCAGCCAGAAGUGAUAUUGAUAAAAUAAAUAAGUCCCCAACUCUGAAUAAUAAGCAAAGCAACAGACAGUCUUGGACUCCUAAUGCAGCAUCCACAAACACUGCUGCAACUUCUCCAAUCAAGAAAAAAAGGCAGUCUUGGAUGCCUCCCCCGGUUUCAAGUAGUAGGACCACAACAGAAACUGUGGAAACUAAACAGACCACUUCAGAAAAUUCAGAGGCUCCAAAGAUGGCUGCCUUUUCAUCAGAUCAGGUGACUCCUCAGAAAUCAAAGACUGAUGUGGAUGAUCAAGCUACAGCAAGGAACCAAGAUCUCGAUAACCUCAUCAAAGUAAAUCCAAGUUCUUUCACAAGUGAUAAGGCAGGAAAAGACCUUGAGGAUUUUACUGAAAUAAAUACUGCUGGUCAGAAAAAUAAGAGAGCUGAGGACCUUGGUGAUCACACUGAAGUAAAGUCUGCUGAUGACCAAAAUAAAAAGCGGAUAACUGAGCAAGCAUACGCAAAUCCUUCAAGGGCUCCAAAUAAUCUCCCAGAAACAAACUACUCCAGUGACAGUGAAAGAAAGACCAGCAAAUCAUCGUAUGGUGCCUAUGAAGAAAAUAUAACUGGAAAUACUAUCAAAACUGUUUACUCUACUUCUGAUCGGAGUAUAAUUGGAAAAGAUAUAUGUACAUACUGCAGGAAGCCCUUGGGUAUAGAUGCCAAAAUGAUCUUAGAUGCCUUGCAAAUUUGCUGUCAUUCGACUUGCUUCAAGUGUGAAGUAUGUAAAAGACCACUGGAAGAUCUGAAAGCAGGAGACAGCAUCUGGAUUUACAGACAAACUGUGCAUUGUGAGCCUUGCUAUUCCAAAGUUAAAGAAAAAUGGAUCUACUAAUUCUGACAUCCAGAAAGCAUGAUAAAGAAGUUCCACUAGUGUUUAGCUAAGUGUAUUGGCCUGUUAAUUCAAACUACUAUGGGAAAUGCUUCAUUUUUAUUGCUAGGAACAAAUACUCUAAAUGCAGUCCUACUGCACGGUUUCCAAAGGAAUUAAUUUCAUGAGAAUUUAGAUGCCUUUUCAAACACACAUUCCAGGAUACAAAACAAGAUAUUGUUCAAUAUAUUCAUCAGAUCUGUGAAACUGCUAAACUGUAUGCAAAACUAACAAUAAUUUAUUGAAAUUUUCUGAACAGCUUGACAUACUUGCACAUAUGUUUUGAAGGGGCUAUAUUCUCUUUACUGAAAACACAUCUCCUCAGGUAUAAAGAUCUGUUAUCUUUGAAUAGCAUGAAUGGGAUUAAUCUCAUCAAAGAUUAGUCAUUUAAAAGUCAGCUAUUCAGUUUAAACUACUAUUUUCACACAGAGUGAGGUGGGUUCACUCUGCACCUUUGAGGAGAGAGAUCAAUCUCCAGAGGAAGAUUCUUCCCAAGUAACUUAAAUGGUAACUUUAAGAUGGAACAAAUAAUCUUUGGAAAAUGCAUCUCUAUUACUGCAGAGGGAUUCUAGGCAAAAAUCAUUAGAGCAUUUUAAUUAACACUCCAUGUUUGUAAUUCUGGUAACUAUUGUAUUACCUUUUUUUUUCCCAGAAGUGCCCACUUAAUAGUUGCCAUGAAUCAUGAAAUACGUACUUUUCAUGACAUUAUGUUGUUGUAUUUAUCUUUCCUACUUUAUUAAACUGACUAGUAUCUAAACACCUUGGAUAGAUUCAUCUUGCCUAAAUUUAAACAUCUACAGUGUAGACAUCUACUUCUAAGUUACUUGAUCUAUUCUGUCUUUACAGUCAUAUAGAGAAGUAGACAUUUUUAGGAAGUGAUUCAAUUGGUCAGAUUGCAAACAUCUAUUUUAGCAUGAUGUUAAGCAUGCUCUGAAUGUACGUCUUACUUUCCAUGGUUUGCAAAGGAACCUGGAGUGAAUAGUUCACGUUUCUAGACAUCUACAUUAGGCCAGAUGAUAGAUAAACUCCUUCCUUUGAGACAACAGUGAAAGCAUUUUUUUUUUCCUUUUGGACAGCAUAUGUGUAUUAAAGUAUACAAACUGAAAGAAGAGUUCAUGCUUUGUUAUAAUAUGUUUCCACAACACUCAAUAUUUACCUGCCAUAUUUGCCUAAAAUAAUAAAUAGUUCAGUAGUUUACUGGACAAAAAAAGGUGUUUACUACCAGUCUCUGCCAUGAGAUGUUUUAGAUCAUGGUUAUUCAGAACUGAUUUUAUUCCCUGACAUCUCAGUUUAAAAAGACUUCCUGGAUAUGACCAUGACAGAGUCAGAGUGCUCGGAGGCUGUGGGACCUGAGCAAGAGCUUAGAAAAGUGAAAAGUGCCAAAGCCAUAGAUUAAUAUUAGACUGUUGAAUGGCUGUCCCAGCCAAACUUGCUCUCCUCAUCUGCACAUUCAGUAGUGGAGAUAGGAGGUAUGGAUGUCUGUGUAAUUUAAAUCAUUGGGCCUGUAGCUGAAUAAUGAUGUAAUCUGUCUUGCCUGGCUUAAAAGAUGUUCAGACUGAUAUGCAAAGGAGACGUGAAAUAGUAGAUAGUUUGUUUUGUUAGUUUUAUGAAAGUUUCUUAUGAAUUAAUGGCAGUAGCUUUAAUAAACCUGUUAUUAUAGAUA